AUGGAGACGGAGAUACAGAGCUCCCAGUCAGUCAGGCCCGGGACAGCAGCACGUGCGGACAUGGAGCCCCCCGCAGAGGACAGCAGACUGGCUUUCAUACGGGACUAUGUGCUGAGGACCCUCAGACUGCAGCCGGACCGCUGGCACAGCUGUGUGUCCAGCGAGGCCAACCACCGGGUUCUGCAGGAUUUCCUGGACCGGGCCGAGCCGCGGAAUCUGGUGGUGUCUGUGACCGCGGCCGGGCAGCUGCAGCCCGCCGCCACCCUCCCCUCCUCCCCCGCCUCCAGCAGCAGGGGCAGGGCGGUGUACUUCGUGAAGCGGAGCCGGAGCGUGCUGCGUCGGGACUGCAUGGAGGAGAGCCUGCUGUACGGAGACCUGUCCCACAAUGCACUGCAGCACUUCUCUGCUCUGGUUGAGGAGGUUGUGGCCCCUCUGCUGUUUAACAGUAAGAACCACACUGAGUGGCCCCAGGUGGUGUCUCAGGACGUCAGGCGCCACGUCCACUCCCUCAGGACUCAUGCGCUGGUGGUGUCAGGCCAAGUCCACGGCAGGACGCUGCUGCCUCUGCCUGCAGGCUGCCAGAACGUGGAGCAAGCUAACCUUGAGACGGACAAACGGGGGGAGAUGGUGAAUAAGAGCAUCAUCCACUCCCUGGAGUCAGCAGUGAUUGAGUGGAGCCAUCAGAUCCACGCCGUCCUGAAGAAAGACUCCUCUGACGCCCUGCUGGAGGGCCAAACGCCCACACCUCACUCAGAGCUGCUCUUCUGGAGGGACAGAUAUGCAGACCUGGAGUGCAUCCACUCCCAGUUAAAUUCCUCCAAGGUGAAUAAGAUGGCGCUGCUGUUGGAGGCUGUGGAGAGCAGCUAUGCUCCUGCUUUCACCAGCCUGAAGCAGGGGAUCCUGACAGCUUUGGAGGAGGCAGAGGACGUGCGCUUCUACCUGAGGCCCCUGCAGCCGCUCUUCGAGGACAUGGAGAGUGCUGAGUUUCCUGAUGUGAGGGGUCAGAUUGGUCCUUUGAUGCACACUGUGUGCCUGGUGUGGGCCAACUCCAGACACUACAACACCCCCCCACGCCUCAUCGUUCUGCUGCAGGAGACCUCCAACCUCCUGAUUCAGCAGGCUCGGGUGUAUCUGGUCCCAGAGGAGGUUCUGAGAGGAGAGCUUUCAGAGAGUCUCAUGAAGGUGCAGACCACCCUGGAGACCCUGCAGCUCUUCAGGAGCACGUACGAGGAGCGCAGGGCCAAUCUGAGCCGGUACCAGAGGAACGGGGGCCCUGUGAGGCCCUGGGACUUCUCACCACUGUUGGUCUUCUCUGGACUUGACUGCUUUAUUAACAGAGUUAGGAGCAUUAAGGACAUCCUGUUGACAGCUGUGGACUUGCUGAAGCUAGACAAGUUAGAGAUUGGAGGAGUCCGGGGCCGGGCCCUCAGCCAGCAGGUCCAGGUGCUUCACCGGGGGUUUGUGGAAACGUUCAAACUGUUCACAGAGAAGCCCUACCACUGCCUGGACCUCAACAACAAGGAGUAUGAAGAAGAUCUGAGGGAGUUCAAACUCAAGGUGGAUGACACAGACAGACAAGUAGGAGCCAUCUUCUGUCAGGCCUUCGAGGAAACCUCUGGACUGGAGCACGCCUUCAAGGUUCUGGAUAUGUUUGGAGGCUUGCUGGAGCGCCCGUUGGUGGCCACAGAUGCUCUGGACAGAUUCCCCCUCCUGGUCUCCAUGUUUGACAAAGAGCUGGACUGCUGUACACGCCUUUACAAGAAACACAUCCAAACUGCAGAGGAGCGGGGUUGGGCUCCAGUGAAUAGGAAUAUGCCAGCAGUAGCUGGCAGACUGAGAUGGGCCCAGGAGCUUCAGCUGCGCAUCAAGACCCCCUUCUCCAAGUUCAGACACCUCUCCUACCCGUGA